UUCCGAGAUGUCUGUUUUUAAUCUAUGCCAGCCUGCUCAGACAGCCCCAAUGGCAAGGACGUUGCAGUUACUCCCUCGCAAAAGGCUUUGCUGUACCCCAGAAUCUGAGUUCUGGUGGCAGCUAGCGCCAGCUGCUGCGGGGUGCGUGAUGAUGCGCUUGGCCAAGGGCAAGCCAGGAAAGGGUUCUUGUAGUCCUGGAAGGGAAGGAUGUGAAGGAGCAUUGUUUGGGUCAGGGCACCCUGAUCUGCUCUGCCUUCCUACCUUUCAGUCUACCCACGCUCUCUGCCUCCUUCCUCUGCAGCAGAGAGGUCCACCAUUCACUGAUCUAUGUGCUUGUUAUUUGAUGUCUCUUGGGAUGAGGCAGAAUUCAUAGCAAUAACUUUGCACUGUGGGCUGUGUUCCAAGUGUUUCUGACUGUGGGUUAGUGAUCAUUAACAACGUGCCUGUGUGCCAUCAGAUCAUCUGGCAGUACAAAUUUGUCUACCUCAAGCAUGAUCCUGUCAUCAUAUUUGUCAGAGUAGCUAGAACAGGCAGUCCUGAGCUCAUGCUAGCUUUGUGGGUUUUGUGCCAGCUGUGGGAUAACAGAUGGUACCUGCUCUGGCAUAACCUCUUCUCUGCAAUCAGCUAAAGCUGGGCUGAGGACAGAGGUUACCUGAUCUGGCACAGAGCCUGCCAGGACAAAGUUGAUGUGCCAGUGCUUCUGGAAUGUGUUUGAACUUGCUCAGGGAGUUUAUACUGGAUCAGCGCUUUGGGGCUACGUGCUUAGGGCAUGUUUUCAUCCUGUAUCAGACACCCCAGAGCUGAAAAGUGACAAAAAUGCUUAAAAGAGGGUCUGAGUGUAGUCUGUGGCUGUUGCAUUUCAAGCCAGGUGUGGUUGCAUGGUUAUUCAGAUGAGACUUUCUUAUGCUGACGGCAGCUAGGUUCUCAGCAUCCCUUCUGGGACCAGGAGGGGCCUGGGGAGAGAGAGGGAGAAGGCUCUACAGCUUUCUAGGCAAGAUAAAGAACCAGAAGGGGCUGUAGCCCCAGGCUAGCAAAACUGCUGCUUCAGCAAGUGACUGCUGGACUGUUGGGGGAGAGAAGGCAUCUUGCUUGUCACCUCGGGGUUCCUAUCAGAUUUGUCUCUGAAAGAUGCAUACUUUCCCCGUUAGUUUCAAAUGCAUUUAAUUGCAAUGUACUUGCAGAGCUUCUGCCUGUACGCUCUGGCAGAAAUUAUGUUCUGCCCUGUGGCUUCAAGGUUUUUUGUGCCAGCUGACUUUCCUAAUUGACAGCGUUCACUCUGCACUGAUACGGCAAGUCAUAAACUGUAUAACAAGUGUUAUGGGGGAGGGAAAACUGGCGAGAGGAUUCUGGCUCUACCUUGAUACAAAGCACUUACCCAGGAAUGUGCUUAUGGGGUGUAUUCCCAUCUCGGGCAUGAGAUGCUCUUGUAUUUCUGUUGAAAUAGAGAUGCGCAGGAGAUGUUAAAAAUGCUGCAGAUGAACUUUCCGUGGGCUGCAAGAAGGUAUGAUGUUACCUAUGCCAGCUGGCUUGCCUCAUCAGGACAAAGUAUAUAUGUGACAGUUUUAACUGUCCCAAAAUCCUGGCAACAUGCUCUAGGGGGAUAGAAGAAGGAGAAAUGAACACCACAACUAGUCUGGAGCUGGACAGUAAGACAGAGAGCUUUAAAUUCUUAGGCGGGCCAACAUUUGUGUAGUCUGUGCCUGAAUGUGGAAUCCCCUGGGGCUCAGUACCAGGAACUGAUGGGUAUUGAACCACACAGCACUCUGCCCUGCAUCGCUCCCUGUGCAAGCCUGGAUCUUCUGAAUUCUUAUGCUUAGGGGAAGACAUUGCAAUUAAUUUUAAUUUAAAGGUAGUUUGACCUUUCCUGAUAUGAUUGUAUUUCAUUGAGAAGGAAGGGGUAGUCGUGCACUGACUUGGCAGAAGCAGAGCUGCUCAGGCCUGUGAGAACCCUUGUGCUUUGGGAUUACUCACAGUUUUUAACAUUUGGAUGUACUUAACAGCUGAAUUGUGCAUGUUCUGACACGCUCCCCGAGCCUGGGGUUUGGACUCCCACAAACCCUGGAAAUGCUGCUGGGAGGAUCUGGAGGCUCUGAUUCUUUGCAAUAAACUCCUUACAGCUCUGAUUAAGCUCCCCGACCCUGUUCCGUGUGGAGUUUUCGUUUGAGUCUUAUGUGGGUAACUGCCUGUGGCGGGAGAGUGAGGAGAGAGGCGCUUUGUGAGAGCUGUUCCUAGCACCUUUGCUACUGCAAGUAGCUUGUGCGGGCUCCUGCUGGGGUGUGGAUUUUGGUGCUGCCAUGCAGUGAUCUCCCUUGCAGCAGGAGCAGGUCAGGUGUCUUUGUCAGCUGCUCUUGGGAAGAGCUUGUUCCACUAAGUCUCGCUGCUUGCAUGGCUCUGGUGCUCAUCGCUUCUGGCCUGAACUGGUUCGUGGCCAGCUUUGUGUCUGUUCUGGUCCUGCACCAACGCUGUCCUCUGGCAUAGACGCCGUUGUGCGUUCUCAGUGCUUGCUGCCUCUGUACCUCUGUGCUUCUGCAGAGCAGUCCGAUGCUCUUUGGGUGGUGAGUCUCUUCCAGACUUGUGAAACUUUAUUCUCGCUGGGCACUGGCUCAACAUCAUCUCCUUGGUGUCUCGAGCGUGCUCUGAACAACCUGCUCUGUUAACUCCUGCGAUCCUCAGACUGAUCUGUGGAGGACUCUGGUGUGUGCUAGGAGCAGUCCCAUACAGCCACUUCAAUGCCUGCUCCCUGCUCUCCCCUCUUUUAUGGAUUCUCUGUGGUGCCUUUUCCACCCCAGGCAGGCAGUUCCAUGGGGUAUGGCAUCAGGUGCCUUCGGGGAGCAGGGCUGAGACUCAGCAGUGUCCUUUGUCUGGAGGAUCAGCUGCUGAACCCAGCCCUCGGGGCAGCCUCACACUCUGCCUGGGUCUUCUCCACUUUCCCGUUUAUCUCCAUCGCAUCAGCUGUUCUUGGAAACUUGCUCUGAAGUGUCACUGGGAGCUGCCCUGACCUCAGUACUUCUCAUGCUGUCCCUUGGGGGUGUUGCUGUAUAGGCUGGGCAACAGAAAUAAAAUUGAUUUUUUUAUUAGUAUUUUUUUAAAAUAACCAAAGCACCCGGAUUCAGUAAUCUGCUUUGGAAUCUGACGAGCAGCAGAUGGCUCCGUGCUCUUUGCAAGCACCCAUCCUCUCCAUACCGAGGAAUAACUACGUCAUGUUGUUCAACAAGCCACAGAAAAUAAUAUUUUAAUCCAACCUUGCUUCUCUCUUCUUCCUCCCACCCGCCCUGGGGUUUGUUGUUUCACUCGGUAGCUUGCCAUAACGCAUUUAGUCCUGCCUGCCUCUGAUUGGAAACACAAGACGUGGCUUCAUUACAAGCUCUAUGGCUUCCCCCUACACUUAACAUACCGUACAAAUUGUUUGCUCAACUUUGGCAUCUUGCCUCAGAGGAAUUUUUGUCAUUUGAAGGUUUUAAAUCAGCUAUUUGAGCCACUCACAAUUGUAAAUAAUAGGCUAUUAGUUUAUAAGAGACAUGUUUGCUGGCAUUUCAAACCUCUUGGAGGGAUCGCACUGUCUUGGAAACCCUGUAAUGCCUGUGGAACUGAACGCUGUUAAAAAGAAACCCCAAAACACUGCCCUGGGAAAAUUCAUUUAUAGAAAAUAAGUGAAAUGAAUAGCCGUUUUUAGCCACAUGUUCCUCAUUUUCUUUUUAUUGCUUUAACAUGUCUUCACUGGAACACGUUACCAUCGGAGGCUGCUGGUGCCAGCUGUACACCUGGCUCAAGCUGGAAAGAAGCAGAGUUUGGCCUUUCAUCUUUUCUGUUUUCUGUUAUGAUUGGAACCAAGGACUGGCCCCAGAUCAGACAAAGGGUGAUGUGUGGGGAUGCCGGUGGCAUCCUGCUCGCCCGUGCUUGGAGCACCCGGUGCCAUUAUCUGUGUUUGAACAGAGGGAAACACGAGCAAAACCAACAAACGGCCGGCGAGGAGCUGUCUGGGAUCGAGUCAAACCAAGGAAAGCUGGGAUUUAUGGGGGGAAACGACAACUUUUUUUUGGUUUCAGGCGAGGCUGAAGGCACAUCUGUCCCUGGACCCUUCCACAAACAUCUGGUGCAUAAGGCAGCAGCAGUAUCCAGCCAGCUAAAUUGCUAGUGGGAGACCAAGCCCUCGCUGUGAUUCAGGCUGAAUAACCACAAAUGGUUUGCACUCGCGGCGGGCUGGGAUCCGCGGCCGAUGUGGCUGCCAGCGGGGUCCGGUGGCCACUGCGAGUCCCCGUCGGCUGGAGGUGGCCGCUCGGAGACAUGGCCAAGGCGACUCCGAACCGGCUUCCCUCCGUACCUGGGGCAUGGGGAGGGGAUGCGAUCCAGGCAGCCUCCCGAGGAGCCCUGCACUGCCAGCGCGCUGAGCCGCACGCUGCUUUCCUGACCUAGUUUUGGGUUGGUUUUUUUUUUUUCUUUUUCACAGAUGAGCACUCCAUCUGCAAAAGAUUGUUUCUUGACAUGAAAAAUUUACUUUUUAAUGGGCCAAACUGCUGCAGUCUCUAAGCUGGAUCCAAAAUAACCUCUUAGCACAUCGCUCUAAAGGGAUCUCCAGCCAUUGCCCAUAAAACUGAAACACAGUUUGUACUAAAAAGCCAUUUACAAGCCAUUCGCUCCUUGUCUUCUUGGUUUCGUGCAGUUGUUCUAAAGCUCCAGCACUUGCUUCUGGAAAUGGAAAGUGAUAUUUUGGAACCACACUGCUUAUGGCUUGUGUUUUCGAGUUACAGCAAGCUCAGAAAUCAAUACAUUUGGGGUUUUUUUUUUUCCUCCUCCAGGACCCAACAGUGGAAGAAACGCCAGUGGGUUGCCCAUGGGGAGAGUCGUGGCCAGCGGUAACAGAUGGGGAAGCGCUCGGGGCCACUUGCGGGACCAAACCUGGCAGGGGAAGGCUGGGAAGUCCUGCCCCAUCCCGUUGGCUCUCUCAACCACCUCCAUGGAUUUGCCGGGCAGGGCAGCUGCCGUGCACAGUUGUCACCUUUCCCUGCACCUUUUCCAGUCCUCCUCAGCGCGGGAGGGACCGGAGCAGAUGCAGAGCUCAAGUUGUGAGUAACCACACGUCCACGCCGUGGCAGCGAGAUGUUCAUCUGUCCCUCUCCAGCACUGCGUGUGCAUCGCUGGGCAGAAAUCUCAGCACAGAAGUCUCCACGAUGGCCCUCGGAGCUCCUUCCCGAGCGGUAAUAGCUCCUUCAAACCCAUCGCUGUGUGUGCAAAGUCAGAGGGUGAAGUGUCGGGACUCAGUCGCUGCAGGCUCACAGCGAGAAGGUGGAAAGCUGCUGUGGAGGAGCCUCUUGCAAAUGUCCUACCACGCGUGCUGGGGAUGGAGUGGUGUUCCUGUCUCAAGCAGCAGGCAUCGGAGGCCGGUGGAGUGCCACUCGACUGCUAAAACACCCGUCCCCGGAGGGAACGGCAGGCAGCCGGGGCUGGAGAUCGCUCCAGCAAUCUCCCGUUUCCUUGGUGACAGCCGGAAUCUCUCCGCUGCACAAGAGCUUGGGCUUGACGGGUGGAGAGGAGCCCUUUUUUUUCUGGAAAUUAUACUGUAUUAUUUGGUGUGGGGUUUCAAAGGUCCUCGUUGUUUUGAGUCUGAGCGGCUGGGGGACGGCAGAGCCCCACCAGCCCCGUCCACCUUCCCCGGGAUGAAGGCAUCGCUCGCAGCAACGGGCUCCUCGCUCCAACUCCUUUCGCAGUAGCUGUUGCCAUCUUGUUUAAUUCCUGCAUUAUCUGAUUGUCACAGUGUGUUUCUCUAUAUUAGGCAGUAAGCCAAUUUGUUACUUAACCUGUAAUUGCACUUUAAUAUAAGCUAUCUCGAAAAUGUAUUUUCGGAAUGAGUCUUAUAAACACAUGAUAUGCUCCUAACAUCAAACCGCUGUAUUCUUUGGGAGUAGGCUCUUAGGAGGAUUUGGCACCGGUUCUGUUGGUUUUAGCUGCUGACGCUUUAUCACGGGUUGACACGCUGUACGUCGUUAAAGGGCACAGCCCUUAGAGGUUCACAGUAUUUAAAAACUGACUUCUUCCCAGGAAUUUACUAUGAGUGUGAUUUGUUGCUGAUUUGCUGACUUGAACUCUGGGAAACCCACGAAAUUUCUAACUUCAGCUGAAAUCACAUUAUUGUGGGAAAUGUGGUGCUUUUUGGUUUGUGAAAUGCAAACAGGAAGACCUCAUCUAGAAU